AUGCAAGCACGCCCCCCACCAAUCCACCGGGCCAGCAGCCCUGCGGCCGACGCAUCCGGGAGCUUGCGACGCAUGUCUCUGAACAAUCCAUUCCGCGCAUCCACAUCCGAACUGGGUGGGCGCCUGGCACCUGACCAGGAUUUUCACGCAUGGGUCACCCAGAAAGGGGUCGGGUUUCCUUACACUAGUACGCAACGUACGGGUUCGCAACUGUCGUUUGCCGAGAGCAUCGCCGAGGAGGAGGGCGCAGCGCCGGACGCCGCGGCGCGCUACAGUAUGAGUCCGCCUUCACUACGGCCGGCGUCGAACAACCCAUUUCUGGACGAGCUGGAAGGCUACGACGAACGGGCAGGGAGCCCGGCGCCCGGCGCGCGCACACACGAGGUCGGGGCGACCGAGGAGAAGGAACGAUUGAGACAGCGGUACGCGGCGGAGGACGACCUGCCCCCCGCAUACGAAGAGGUGGCCGGGAGCCGGGUGCGCGAGGCGUACCCGCAGGAGAAAAAGGAGCGGCCGCGCCACGAGCAGCGGCCGCGGCGGGAGGAGCGGCCGCGGGAGAGUGGCAAGGCGCGGCCGCGGACCAAGGAGCGGGCCAAGGAGCGCACGCGGGAGCGCAAGGAGCGGCCGCGGGAGCGCGAGGAGCGCACGAAGGAGCGCAAGAAGGACGAGAAGACCGGGGCGCUUCCGAAGAACGUGGACACGAUCGACAAGCUCGACGUGACGGGGCUCUUUGGGGGCGCGUUCCACCACGACGGGCCGUUCGACGCGUGCACGCCGCACCGCAACCUCAACAAAAAGGUGGCGCCGGUGCUGGCGUUCCCGAAGGACGGGCCGAACUCGACGUUGUCGGGGGCCACCGCACACAAGUCUGCGAUGAACGAGGUGUUCGGCAUCGACGAGGACGACGACUCGUACCUGUAUUCGCGCCGCGACGUCGGCGAGCGCUCGUCGUCGACGGUGAACGCUAUCAAGAACCAUUCGGAGGUGACGCAGUUCGACGCCAAGGUAACCGCGGACCUUGUGCAUGGGCCCGUGACACAGGGGCUUGGCUCCACGACGUUCCUCGACGGCGCGCCGGCGGCCCCUGUCGCUAUAGAGGCGAUGAAGCAGAGCACGGUGGGCAGGAAGAAGUCUCUGAGCCACAGGCUGGCGAAAAGCCCUCCGUCCGCGUCGGCGAUUGGCCCCGACCCCAGGAACGGCAACCUGAAGCUGACUAAGACCCACUCUGGCUAUCUUGAGGACGAGAAGGAGGACGACGAAGACGCCUACACGGGCGCGCGUGACACAGACAAUAAGAAGGAGUCAUCAGGUAACAAGUUCUUGAGGAGAGUGAAGAGUUUGAAGGUAACCAGGAGAUAA